AGAAAAGUUAUGGCUGAUGAGAAUUCUACAGUUGUUACUGAAUUCAUCCUUUUGGGACUGACUGACCGUGAUGAACUAAAGAUGGUACUUUUUGUCUUAUUCCUGGUAAUUUAUACUGUAACCUUGUUGGGAAAUCUGGGUAUGAUUUUCUUAAUCUGCAUCACUCCAAAGCUCCACACACCCAUGUACUUUUUCUUAAGCUGCCUUUCAUUCACAGAUGCGUGCUAUUCUUCAGUCAUUGCACCCAAAUUGCUGAUCAGCUUCUGGGUGGUGAGGGAAACCAUCUCCUUCUCUGCCUGCAUUGUACAGCAUUUGUUUUUUGGGGUGCUUAUCACGACAGAAGGCUUCUUAUUGUCAGUGAUGGCUUAUGACCGCUAUGUGGCCAUUGUCAACCCAUUGCUGUACACAGUCUCCAUGUCUAAGAGAAAGUGUACAGUGCUGGUCAUUGGGUCUGUCACAGGUGGAAUGGUUAAUUCACUGACACACACUGUAAGCUUGGGGAGACUAUCGUUCUGUGGGCCUAACAUUGUGGGUCACUUCUUCUGUGAUGUCCCGCCAUUGCUGAAGCUGUCAUGCUCUGAUACCUCCAUGAAUGAGUUUUUGCUGUUGAUCUUCUCAGGAGUUAUUGCCAUGGGCACUUUCUUGAUUGUGAUCAUAUCCUAUUUGUUCAUUGCUGUGGCUAUCUUGAGAAUCCGAUCAGCUUCUGGAAGACAGAAAGCCUUCUCCACCUGUGCCUCUCACCUGACUGCUGUUACCAUAUUUUACGGCACCUUAAGUUUUAGUUACAUUCAGCCAAGUUCCCAGUACUCUGUAGAACAAGAGAAGGUGGUUUCUGUGUUCUAUACGCUAGUGAUUCCCAUGUUAAACCCAAUGAUUUACAGUCUCAGGAACAAGGAGGUAAAAGAAGCUGUGAAAAGAGCCAUUGAAAUGAAGCACUUCUCAUGUUAA